AUGUCCGAAGGUGGCAGACAAAUGUCCGAAGGUGGCAGCAAGCAGACAAAUGUCCGAAGGCGGCAGACAAAUGUCCGAAGGUGGCAGAAAGCAGACAAAUAUCCAAAGGUGGCAGACAAAUGUCCCAAAGUGGCAAACAAAUGUCCGAAGGUGGACAAAUGUCCGAAGGUGGCAGACAAAUGUCCGAAGGUGGCAGACAAAUAUCCGAAGGUGGCAGACAAAUGUCCGAAGGUGGCAGCAAGCAGACAAAUGUCCGAAGGUGGCAGACAAAUGUCCGAAGGUGGCAGACAAAUGUCCGAAGGUGGCAGACAAAUGUCCGAAGGUGGCAGACAAAUGUCCGAAGGUGGCAGACAAAUAUCCGAAGGUGGCAGCAAGCAGACAAAUGUCCGAAGGUGGCAGACAAAUGUCCGAAGGUGGCAGAAAAAUGUCCGAAGGUGGCAGCAAGCAGACAAAUGUCCGAAGGUGGCAGACAAAUGUCCGAAGGUGGCAGACAAAUGUCCGAAGGUGGCAGACAAAUAUCCGAAGGUGGCAGCAAGCAGACAAAUGUCCGAAGGUGGCAGACAAAUGUCCGAAGGUGGCAGACAAAUAUCAGAAGGUGGCAGACAAAUGUCCGAAGGUGGACAAAUGUCCGAAGGUGGCAGACAAAUGUCCGAAUGUGGCAGACAAAUAUCCGAAGGUGGCAGCAAGAUUCAAGCAGACAAAUGUCCGAAGGUGGCAGAUAAAUAUCCGAAGGUGGCAGACAAAUGUCCGAAGGUGGCAGACAAAUGUCCGAAGGUGGCAGACAAAUGUUUGAAGGUGGCAGACAAAUGUCCGAAGGUGGCAGACAAAUGUCCGAAGGUGGCAGACAAAUGUCCGGAGGUGGCAGCAAGCAGACCACUGUCCGAAGGUGGCAGACAAAUGUCCAAAGGUGGCAGACAAAUGUCCGAAGGUGGCAGACAAAUGUCUGAAGGUAGCAGACAAAUGUCCGAAGGUGGCAGACAAAUGUCUGGCAGUGGCGGCAAGCAGACAAAUGUCUGGCAGUGGCGGCAAGCAGACAAAUGUCUGGCAGUGGCGGCAAGCAGACAAAUGUCUGGCAGUGGCGGCAAGCCUCCAAAUUGUGCGGGCCCAUAA